AUGUCGGUCAUUUCGGGUCAGGAUGCUCUUCUUGAGGCCAUAGCAGCUCAGAUCUUGGGGAAAGACAAGGGGCUGCAUCUCAUGCCUUUCUAUAUCAGUGGCUAUCUGGAUAGCUUGCUGAUGGGUGUGGUGAUAUGCCAAAUGGCGACGUAUUGGCACUUCGUCCGACGAGAUCGCAAGCACAUUGUCGGUCUGACAUUACUGGCAGUACUUGCUACGACAGCCGCAAGUGUACUAAUUAUAAUAUGGAUGGCUCAUCUCUUUGUAUGGGGUUUCGGUAUCUACUUGCCCUUUACCGAGUCUGUCUGGCUGGUCCGGUACAUGUCCCUCGAGAUUGCAACCAUCCUCCUCGUCCAAAUGGUAUACAUCGAUCGAGCAUGUAGGCUUUACGCGCACUGGUGGCCUGCUCUCCUCAUCACCCCUGUUACUCUCGGUACAGCCGCCAUAGGCAGUAUCUCUCUCAACUACUUUGUGGUCAACUUCAAACACAUCACUACGGACACGGUCAGCAGUCCGACAAUCAGUAAACUCGUGUACACCUGGUUGAGCUUGAUCAUCUUGACCGACUUCGUCAUCAUGACCAUCAUCGUGUACGGUCUCCAGCGUGUCAAGGCUGGCUUUGCGCAUACCCAGGCGGAAUCGCGAUUCCGACGUGUCAUCACCCGCUGCUUCGAGUCCCAGACCCCAGCUUUUAUCAACGCCGUGAUCUGCAUCAUCGCUUGGAAUCGCCAGUUUGAGGUUGCUCUGGCAUUCGUCGUGCUGCAGACCAAAAUCUACUCGAUUGGGCUGCUCAUCACCCUCAAUCUCCGCAUCCAUGCCCCAGUCAGCUCGACCGCAAACGAUACACACCGCUCCGAUCCUCAAGGUGGCAUAUCCCACUCAGGUCCUCAUCGCUCGCGAUCGUCGCCUUCUCCCGAACCGGAUUUCCACCUUCAGCACGUUCAGUAUACGCCGCCAAGUCCUACCGACGACCAGCACACUUCGAUAUACAUGCAGGACAGGCAACAGCAGCUGGGCGUCAAGGUGGCGCGAUCCCCUACUGGAUGGGACAGCGCGGAUGGGUACUCGGAGGAGAAGGACGAUCGGUCGACUAUGGGGUUGACGAGGGAUAAGUUCUGA